AUGAGCAAGACAAUCCUUCCAACGACAGUGACGACGACAACGGAUCCGUCGCCCCGCCGCCCCGACGUGAGAAACGCACCGCGGCGAAAAAGCCGAAACACGAGUCUGUCCAGCAAAGGUCGACGCGUACCGGGCGAAGAGGAAACCGGAAAUGAACCUGAAUGGGUCGUGUUUUUUUUCAUCAAUUUUUACUAUGUGAAUGCGAACCCGGUGAAAGUUUUGAAAGCUGAAAUGAGGAAACUGUCGCAGAUCAGGGAGCAAUUUCCUGAGCAGCUUGCGAAUGCAUUUGGUGAAGUGGUGAAGAAGUCAUGGAAAAAUAUUUCGACCGAGUGUGACAGAGCUGUUUUGGAACACGCAAAGCAAGUUUUGGGCCCGUCCCGGGAACAUUUGUUGGAGAGCAACAAACUGCCGAGUCAGGUUGACGAAGUUGCCGUUGAAGUUGACAAACUGACGCAGGCUGCUGUGCCUCCAAGAAGACCAAAGCCUGUGGCACCUCAGCAACUACCUUCUCAUGCCCUGGACAGGCUGCCCCAAUCUUCAGAAGGGUAUCUUCCAGCCGAAUUCGACCCGGCCUAUGAAACGGAACCCGUGGAUGAAUCCGAAGAGGAACCCCAGACACCCUUCUUGACCUUGGAUGAACGCAUUGCGAGUUACAAACCCGGCGGUUGGUUCAAGCUCAAGAGUGAGAAGGAGUGGAGUGAUGACCCAGUGGCAGACGCCUCCAGCUGUUUUAGCCAGGAUUUGGCAGGAUUGAGAGAUGUGUUACGACAUAUGCCUCUGCAAGUCUUACUGUCGAUUCCUGAAAACUUGGUGGAUGUGGAAGAUUUGGAGAGGUGGAGCAGGGAUGCUGAGCUGGCUUUGCAGUUGGAUCUGGCUCAUGAUAUUGAAGGAAAACGUCCGACAGGAUCCACGAAGACGCCCGAGUGUGAUGAUCACAAAGACUCUCUGGUCACGUCAACAAAGGAGGCAUACUCAGUUCCCGACUAUCCCAAGAGAUUGUGUGUUUCUUCCCCCGAAAACGGUCCUCACAGAUUUGCCAGAUAUGUGAUCCAAAACUCAGUUUAUGAAGAUGUUGUGAUACCUUUUAAUCUUCCAACUCUGGAAAAUUUGGAUAACCUGAAAAUGUUGGACUUCCUCGGUGUGCCAGAAAAUUUACGUUCACAAGAACUUGAAAAUGUGUUGAAUGUUUGCCUCAAAGUGGAAAUUUCCAGCAUUCUGAAUGAGGAACCAGAAAUAGUACCUGAUCCUGAAGUAAUUGAAUCCUCCCAAAAUGUGGAUCAGGAACAGAAUGAAUUGCAAGACUGGUUGGAUGAUCUCCUUACAUGAAUGUAAUAACCGACCCCUUCAAUCAAUCAAUCGAUCAUUUUAUGAAAGAAUAUUGUUGUGCAAAUCAACGCAGGAAAGCAAACAAAUAAAGCACAACCAACGAA